UUUUCAAAUCAAUGUUUACUACACCGUAACCCCUGUAACAAUUAUUCCCACACACAGACAUAAACACAAACACCUUCCCUGCACCACCAAAACGAGCAAUGUUGGAGGCAAAAUGCUUGAAAAAAGCAGUUAUUCCUUCAACUUUGAUCAACAAUCCAUCUCCUGGAACCAUUCAAUCCACUCGCUUAGCUCUCCAUGUUACCCGAAAUCGACAUUUUUGUUUUCUUUACAUUGCCUCUGGUCCUCACAUUUAUAAAUUCCAGAUUGCUCUUGGAGGAACUUCAGUUACCAAAGGAAAAGAAAGCCUCUUAAUACCUUUGCACACCAAGAUUAUUAACCCUUCGUUGGUCAAACGCUGUCCCCAUCGUUCAGAAAUUCAGAGUAUUGUUCUCGCUGAUGCAGAGAGCCUUGGCUACUUAUUGUUGGGAAGUGUGGAUUCAUACGGUCAUCUAAUUGUAUCUAAACUUGAUGUGUCCGGGGAAGAUAUUGACAGGCUUACAUAUUCAGCAUUGCCGCCUGAUAAUGGUAUUGGGGAAGGAAGUUGGUCAGGACUCUGCUUUAGUCCAAAUCAAAUUGCUAUGGCAGCUGUUGCACGUAGCUUUUGCAAAACUGUUGAUAUUUUUGACCAGGACAUGCACAUUCGCAAAUUACGACCACUUUGGGACCCUACUUCAAUUACAUUCUUGCAAAAUGGUGUUAAUGGAGAUCAAAAUUCUCUGUUAGCUAUUACUGAAGGAAGCCAGCUGACUAUGUGGGACUUGAGAAUGAAAGAAAAUGGUGGUUGUGUUCAUCGGAUUAGUGGAACCCCUGGCGAUACCUUAUAUUCUGUUUGCAGUUCUUCCACUGGUAAUAUUGCCGUUGGUGGGGUUGAUCGUACCGUGACUAUUUAUGAUCCUCGCAGAUGGUCGUCAUUGUCUAGAUGGGUGCAUUGUUCAAAAUUUGAGAUAACAGGGCUAUCUUUCUCAACAGUCGAUCCGGACUAUAUCUAUAUUCAAGGGGUGGAUUAUGAGGUCUUGUGCGGACAAUGGAAAGAAUGCGAAAAAUUAUUUUCAUUUAGAGGAGACUCGAACUGGCUUGGAUUUAGUAAGUGCUCCAACAAAGAUGUUCUAGGUGGAUGGUGUGAUUCUGGUAGCAUAUUUGUAGCUGAUGUUGUUUGAGUGAUAUUGAUAAAUUGGUCUGUUCUGUACUCUUCCCAACUAUGUAUAUUUUUCUUGUAGCCUGUGUUUUAAAGGAAAAAGAAAAUCAAUGAAUUUGUCCCCGUGAGCUUAACUCAGUUGGUAGGGACAUCGCAUAUAUUAUGCAGGAGUCAGGGGUUCCAACCCCGAACACUCUACUUAUUCUCCUUUAAGGUGAAAUUUUUAGCUACUAAGACUACUUGACAAAAAAAAAAUCAAUGAAUUUAUUGUGCAAAAUUUUUCCCAUGCCAAAUUUUGAUGAUGCAUUUCUAGCCACUGAAUGUGAGUUCAUAUUA